AUGAAGUUGCUUCUGCUGUUGUUGCUGAUGGAGCAAACUGCUUCCCAGCAAAGAGGUUUGUUCCCAGCCAUUUUGAACCUGGCCAGCAAUGCAGACAUCUCAAGCAACGCCACAUGUGGAGACCCCGAACCACAAGUUUACUGCAAACUAGUGGAACACGUUCCGGGAAGAUUAAUCAAGAACCCUCACUGUCCAAAAUGUGACGCCAACUCCAUUCUGUCCAAAGAGCGCCAUCCCAUCACCAACGCUAUCGAUGGAACCAAUCGUUGGUGGCAAAGUCCCAGCAUCAAGAAUGGACGCCAGUUUCAUUGGGUCACCAUUACGCUGGAUUUGAAACAGAUUUUUCAAGUGGCUUACAUCAUCAUUAAGUCGGCCAACUCUCCUCGACCAGGCAAUUGGAUUCUGGAGCGGUCUCUGGACGGCGUGACAUUUGACCCAUGGCAGUUUUACGCCAUCAGCGACUCCGAAUGUCUGUCACGUUACAACAUCGCGCCAAGACUCGGCCCUCCGACCUACAAAGGAGACACGGAGGUGAUCUGCACGUCGUACUACUCCCGGCUGGAGCCUCUGGAGCAUGGCGAGAUUCACACGUCGCUGAUUAACAGUCGACCCGGAGCGGACGAUUUGACCCCAGAACUCUUGAACUUCACCUCGGCUCGUUUCAUCAGACUUCGCUUGCAGCGAAUCAGGACGCUGAACGCUGACCUGAUGACGCUGAGCGUGCGAGACCCGCGGGAAGUCGACCCCAUUGUGACCCGUCGGUAUUAUUACUCCAUCAAAGACAUCUCUGUGGGCGGGAUGUGUAUCUGCUAUGGACACGCUCAAAGCUGUCCCCUAGACCCUGUUACUAAGAAACUACAGUGUGUAUGUGAACAUAACACCUGCGGAGAGAGCUGCAACCACUGUUGCCCCGGUUUCCAUCAGCAGCCAUGGCAACCAGGGACCGUCACUGAUGGCAACACAUGUGAAAAGUGUAACUGUCACAACAAAGCCAGCGACUGUUACUACAAUCAAACGGUGGCUGAUUUCAAGCUGAGCGUGGACACCCACGGUGUCCGUCGAGGAGGCGGCGUCUGCGUGCAGUGUCAGCAGAACACAGCCGGUAUCAACUGUGAGACCUGCGCUGACGGGUACUACAGACCAGGCCAGGUUUCUCCUCACGCUGACGCUCCUUGUGUGGAAUGUGAUUGUGAUCUGAGAGGAGCAGAGUCCUCCAUCUGCAGCAGAGACCACACUUUGCCAGGUGCUAGUGCAGGCCAGUGUGUGUGCAAAAAAGGCUUCACAGGCCGCCAAUGUGACCGUUGUGCUUUUGGCUUCCGGGACUUCCCGGUGUGCUCUCGCUGCGAGUGUAACCUCGCCGGCAGCCUCAACAGGGACCCGUGCGACGACUGCAUUUGCAAGGCCAACGUGAUGGGGGUUCACUGUGACCUGUGCAAAGCCGGGUUCUACAACCUGCAGGACGACGACCCACUGGGCUGCACCGACUGCUUCUGUUUCGGCGUGUCGGACGUCUGCGAGAGCUCCACCUGGUCUGCAGCACAGGUGGUCUCCACUGAUGCUUGGCUCCGCCCCUUCCACAAAUCCCCCGCCAUCCUCGGCAAUGAGUUGCCUGCUUCCAGCAGCAACACCUCCUCUGGAUCAAUCAACAGCCAGCAAGAGCUCUCAUGGGUGGCACCUGAUGGUUUCCUUGGUAAUAAGCUGUCGUCCUAUGGAGGUUUCCUUAACUUUUCCGUAGUCCAUCACGGCCCAUCGGACGACAUCCUUCCCGCUCAGGCCGACGUCAUCAUCGAGGGCAACGGGCGAGCUCUUCACCUCUCGCCACCUUGCGUCCUCUCCCUCUCGCCGUCAACCGAGCACUCCGUUGCCGUAGCAAUGCUCCCCAAGCAGUUUGUCAACGAGCAAACGGGUGUCCAGGUUAGCCGUGACGACCUGCUGUCUGUGUUUGCUGAGGUGACCUCGCUGAGGGUCAGCGUUCACCUGAACUCUUCUGCCAGUGGAGCAAUACAACUCGUCUUCGUGUCUCUGGAUGUAGCUGACUCUCAAUCUCCAUUCGGUGUCCAGGCGGUCGCCAUGGAGGCGUGUGAAUGUCCAUGGGGAUACAACGGCACUUCCUGUGAGUCGUGUCUUUCAGGUUUUUACAGGGUGGGCGGAGUCCUGUUCGGAGGAAACUGUAUGCAGUGUGAAUGUAACGACCACGCCUCAGAGUGUGAUGUCAAUGGCGUCUGCCUGGGUUGUAGACACAACACCACUAGUUCUCACUGUGAUCAGUGUCUUCCUGGAUUCUAUGGCGACGCCACAGAGGGGACAGCGGACGACUGUCGCCGUUGUCCAUGUCCUCUAACAGAAGUGUCUAACAGUUUCAGUCCAACAUGCAUGAUGGACGCUUUUGGUCAUGUGACAUGUGACCAGUGUCAGGAUGGAUACACCGGGACCAACUGCCAGAAGUGUUCCAGCGGUUUCUAUGGUAACCCGCAGGUAGUGGGCGGAACUUGUGUCCGCUGCGAAUGCAACAACAACGUGGACAUCAGUGAGGAGGGACACUGCGACGGCGUCACCGGGGAAUGCCUGCGUUGUCGCGGCAACACGGGCGGGCGACACUGUGAGAUGUGUGUGGACGGUUUCUAUGGCGACGCCGUGCAUGAAAAGAAUUGCCAAGACUGCAGCUGCGAUGUCGGCGGCUCGUUGUCGAACGUUUGUGACGCCACGACAGGACAGUGCGCCUGCAGAGAGAAUGUGACCGGACUGGCGUGCGACCGCUGCCAGUCGGGGUUCUUCGGACUGCAGAGUGGGCGUGGCUGCGUCGCAUGCGCUUGCAACCCGUCAGGAUCUCUAGCAGACUCGUGCGAUGACAAUGGGCGCUGCCAAUGCGUGGACGGCGUCGACGGGGACAAGUGUGAUCGGUGCGGCCGCAGUUAUUUCGGUUUCCAUGCCAACGGCUGCACAGCAUGCACCUGCAACCACACGGGUGGGAACUGCCAUCACAAGACGGGGGAGUGCAUUUGCCCCGCCCACACUGAGGGAGACACCUGUGACAAGUGUGAGAUGGGAUACUGGGGUCACAAUAUGCUUGAAGGCUGCAAGGCUUGCAGCUGCAGUGCAGAAGGUAGCUCCGCCCCUCAGUGUGAUCUCACCAGUGGUCAGUGUCCCUGCAAAGAGGGUUUCUCUGGCAGGUCAUGUGACCAGUGCGCUCCUGGUAACUAUGGUUACCCAGCAUGCGCGCCGUGUGGCUGUGACAUAGAGGGAACGCGAGAAGACAUGUGCAACGCCACACUUGGAGUGUGUGACUGUCGACUCACGGGGGAGUGUGUGUGCAAGGCAGCCGUAGCGGGGCGGCGCUGCGAGGAGUGCGUUUUGGGGUCCUUCGGUCUGUCGUCGGGGAAUCCAGACGGCUGCUCUCAGUGUUUCUGUUCAGGACUCAGUCAGGACUGCGAGGAGAGGGGCGGCCUCACCAGACAGUUUAUCUCUCUGGCUCGCCCUCCCGCUCUGCUGCCAUUGGUCAGCCAGUCUCACCUGCAGGGCGUCACAUCAGGAGUCUACCAGCAGGACAGCGACAUGCUCCUCGAUACCCGCCAGCUCAACACCAGCAGGCUGUCCGGUCCUCUAUACUGGAGACUUCCCCCGCAGUUUGAGGGCAACCAGCUGUUGUCGUACGGCGGCGUGCUCUCCUAUGUGGUAAAUUUCUACGCGGAAGACGCUCAAGGAUUGGCCAAUUAUGAGCCUCAGGUGCUGCUGAGGGGCGGGACUAUAAGGAAGCUGGUCAUCUACACCGACAUGGUUGCCCCUGACAACGGUGUCCCCACCCAGCAUGACAUGAGGCUGACAGAGCACAAGUGGAAGUAUUUUAACUCCGUAUCCGAGAAGGCGGUAAGUCACAGCGACUUCCUGUCCGUGCUCAGUGACCUGCAGUACGUCAUCAUCAAGGCUUCCUACGGCACAGGACUGCAGCAGAGCAGGAUUUCCAACAUCACCAUGGAGACGGCAGUCGAAGAACAGGAAGUGGAUGGCCCAGUGGCGAGACUAAUCGAGUCGUGUGUGUGUCCGCUGGGUUACACCGGAACGUCCUGUCAGGAAUGUGCGUCAGGUUUCUUCCGCCAGCCGCUGUCGGAGUUGUCGCCUCAAGCACGAAAGUCUCUGUUUGUGCGUCCAUGUGUCCCGUGUCGCUGCAACAAUCACAGCAGCAGCUGCAACGCAGAGACCGGCGAGUGUCAGGAGUGCCAACAUCACACCAGCGGGCAGAGCUGUCAGCUGUGUGCACAGGGGUAUUAUGGGAUGGUCAGCGGCUCAAUUAGUGACUGCUCGCUGUGUGCCUGCCCACUACGUGACAACACGUUCAGUCCCACGUGUGUCUCAGAGGGAACAGCCGGAGACUUCCGCUGCACUUCAUGUCUGACAGGAUAUGAAGGGCGCUACUGUGAGCGGUGCUCCCUAGGUUAUUAUGGUAACCCCUCUGCGCCCGGUGGGACGUGCACACAAUGCAGCUGCAGCGAGUGGGGGUCCGUGCAUCCUCUGUGUGACCCGGUGACUGGACAGUGCGAUUGCAAAGCUGGGGUUAAGGGUCAAACGUGUGACCAGUGUGCGGAGCGUCACAUCUUGGAGGGAGGGGAGUGUUUGUCGUGCGAUGACGAGUGCACUGGUGUCCUGCUGGACGACUUAGACAGGCUGCAAGAGCACUUCAGCACCAUCAACAUGAGCAGUAUUGCAGUGGCGCCCUACCAUCAGCUGGUGGUGCUGGAGAAUCACACCAGAGACAUGCAGGUGAUGUCUUCAGAACGCGUGUCCAUGGAGACGCAACUGUCCGGAAUGCAAGAGGAUGCCAUACACUUCACCUCUGACCUCAGUGAUCUGACAGAGCAGGCCGCAAGUCUGUCAAACGACUGCGAGGAAGUGGGCGUGUCCACCAAUGACCGUGUCUCACGCGCAACUCGUCUAUUGGAAAACAUCAACACGAUUCAAGACAAGAUUGAAGCCCUCGAGAGGGAGGCGGAGCUACUGAACUCGACUGCAGACAAAGCACUGGAAUCAGCCAAUCACACACGCCUACUGGACGACAUGGCCUCCAUGUUGGAAAGUAUGAGAGCCAUCAAUCUAACAACGGUCAAAAGCUCAGUCAGUCAGGAGCUCAGUCUCUCAGAGUCUCUCAUCCAAUCACUCCAGCGAGACUUCCUCUACAGUGCAGAGGCUGGCGCCAACAUGCUCCGCCCUCUUACUGCCAACCUCACCGCUCACUUGGAAAAGCUGCAAGAAGCACAAACUUACAUGGAAGGCGCAUCACGACAAAACAAUCAAACAAACGUGCUGCUGGACACCACAUACAUUCUGCUCAACCGCUAUCAGUGGGAACAAGAGAACGUCAGCGUUGCAUGUACGAGCGUGGAGGACGCGAUGGAGGACAGCCAGAUGUCGCUCAGCGACAUCAUAAACCUGACAGAGGAGUUUACCAACAUCACUGUGCAGGUGGACGUACUGGGAGGUGAGCUGGAUCAAUGGCGUCCUCUGCUGAGGAAGAAAGUGGAAUCCCUCGUCAUGGGAUUGAAGAUGACUGAUUCACUGGAGAAUGUUUACCGGGCAGAGAGCCACGCCCAAUUGCUUCAUAGCCACGCCCACUAUCUGCAAAACUCACUGUUGUCAGUGUGCAACUUCUCCCAAAAUGGCAGCCAAUUGGUUCCUCUUGAUGCAGAGGUCGCUGUUCGUGUCAAUAAUGCCCGGCAGGCUGCCUUCGACGCUCACCUGUCUGCUGACCUCUCUCUCAAUAUGACCAGCCAAUCAGAGCAGCCGCUGUCAUUAGAGGGCAAUGCCAGGCUGAGCAACGCCUCCGCUGUGCUCGAGGAGAGUCACAUGAUCAACAAGACAUCUGAAGAUUUAAAGCUGAAGGUCUCUAUGGCAACCAUGAGACAGCAGACACUGAGUAACCUUCUCCAUAACAAGAGCGUCCUCCUCCACCAGCCAAUCAGGGAGCUGCAGAGCCUCUCAAACGUAUCGUUGCAGGUGCAGGAAGCGCGAGUGCAGGCCGGAUUUGCUAGCUCCAGCCUGCAGGAGGCACUGCAGCGCUUGCAUUCCCUCAGACUGAAGAUGCAGGAUUCUUCUUCUGUGGUGGAGAAAACCAACACGAGCGUGGCGGAGACAAAGUGGCUAAUGGCGCACACGCACGACACAGCCUACAAGGUGCAGCAGAAACUGGAGGAGGCAGAGCAUCGCACGCAGCAUUUGAGUGACAGGAUAAAGCCCCUGAGCAUGCUGGGAGAAACCCUGAGCAGGAACUUGUCUGACAUCAGAGAGCUCAUCGAUCAGGCCAGGAGGCAAGCAGCAUCGAUUAAGGUGGCGGUGCAGGCACACGGAGACUGCGUUCGAUCCUACCAGCCUGAAAUCCAGUCGAGCAACUUCAACACCCUAACUUUGACUUUAAAGACGAAGAGUCCCGACAAUCUGCUUUUUUACCUGGGCAGCAAGACAAGGGUGGACUUCCUUGCGGUGGAGAUGCAUGACGGGAAAGUUUCUCUAGUCUGGGAUGUCGGAUCAGGCAGCACCAGGUUGGAUUAUCCAGGACUGGACAUCACCAACUACAAGUGGACAAGAAUCAACGCCACGCGGAUUGGUGCUCGAGGAUUCCUCUUGGUCCAUCAGCUGGAAAUGCCGCCGUCACAAGCGGUGACAGCGACAUCACCCGGACCCGCCCGGGUUCUAAACAUCGACAACAGCACGGUGAUCCACAUUGGAGGACUGUCAGAUGACACUCAGAGGCCGGCAGCAUUGCAGUCGUCCACAUUUCAAGGUUGUUUGGGUGAAGCGUCGCUCAAUGAGAAAAACAUCGGAUUGUGGAAUUACAACAGCCGACAAGGACAAUGUGGAGGCUGCUUCAGCAGUCCACAGGCAGAGGAGACGUCCUUCCACUUUGACGGUUCUGGAUUUUCUUUGGUCCAAAAGUCUCUACGAGCCACAUCUACCUCCAUUGUUUUAUUGUUUAAAACGCUGUCGCCAGGCGGAUUACUGCUGUACCUGGCAUCCAACAACACUAGGGACUUCCUCUCCAUCGAGCUUGUGGAGGGCUCUGUCCGUCUGACCUUUGACCUAGGGUCUGGCGCACUGGUCCUGACCUCCAGCAGGAAGUACAACACAGGCGUGUGGCACAAAGUUACGCUACAGAGGAACCGACGCAAAGGUUACCUGUCCAUCAUGGCGGCCGACCAAUCAUCAGAGAAAGAAGUGUUGGAGGCGGAGUCACCCGGCACAGCCUCUGAUCUCAACCGCUCUGACCUCGACCCCAUCUACAUCGGAGGACUUCCUGCUUCCCGACCAAUCAGGCGACAAGUCGUCUCCAGGUCAUACGUUGGCUGCAUCAAGAACGUGGAGAUUGCGCGGUUGAACUUUGACCUGCUGCGAGAUGCAUAUGGAGUGAGGAAAGGAUGUAUCGUUGAGGCGGUGCGGAGUGUCUCCAUUUUAAACGGUGGCUUCGUCCAGAUCGCUCCUCGCUCACUUGGCCAGGAGGCGGAGAUUCUCGUCUCUUUCAGAUCCAAUAACCAAUCAGGAGUCCUUCUAGCCGCUCUAACUGAUAACCCCGCCCAGCGACAGCACUUCCUGUCCAUCCACCUGCUUUCUGGCUCUCUGGAGGCGGAGCUAGGGGAGCUAGGCGGGGCCAGUAGGCGUGUGGCGGUCGUCGCACCAGAAGGCAGAACCUUCGCCGAUGGAACAAAACACUCUGUCAUCAUUAACGUCAACAGGAAGUCUCUUUCCAUCCAGGUGGACGAGGGGAACGCCAAGUCGGUCUCACUGUUGCCAGGCGGACUGUCCCGUCUUUCCACGGCGUCCUUUUUCAUUGGCGGGCUCCCUUCAGGGGUGAAGCCUCUCUCUCCAAACAAAUUAAAGAACAUGUCCAAGUUGUUCAGAGGAUGCAUCCAACACCUGGUGCUUGGCGGACGGCUCGUCGACCUUUCAGCUGCUGUGAGGUAUGAGGGGGCGGAGCUUGACAGCUGCCUAUUAGAGGAGAGAGUUAGAGGGGCGGUGCUUCCGGAAGAUCAGGAUGUAGAACCCACUCUUGACCCUUCCCACCUGUCUGUAGCCCCACCCACCCACCUGAGUGCCCUGCCGCCUGGAGCGCCAAUGUGCACGCCAGAAGCCGAGCAGAGCUUCCUACCCGCUGCAGCUCGGUUCGGCUCCUCACGACACAGUCACAUGACUUUCAUCAUCAACCCGAUCACUGUGCGCAAAAGCAUGUCCAUACGCUUGUCGGUGAGAAGCCGAGCUCAGGAUGGUAUGCUGAUGCUCCUCUCCGACGCCAACCAGAUGGACUUCGCCAUCUUGAGGUUGGCGGCAGGGCGGCUGCUGAUGUCAGCUGACCUGGGAAAGGGCGCCGCCUCCGCCGUUUCCUCUGUGGCCAUCAAUGACGGGAAAUGGCACACAGUCAGCGCCAACGUCAGUCGGCGCCUCGUCUCCGUGUCUGUGGACGCUUCCAAGCCGGACUUGGCGACGGUUAAAGGGAACCAGCUGGACGUCAACAACAGACUUUACCUCGGUGGAUUGCCACACAUGCACAACACCAGAAGGAUAAACGUGACCACCAGUCUUCCAGGCUGCCUCCACUCCGUCAGUCUGAACGGCGUCAUGCUGGAUCUCUCGCGACCGGCUUCGCAGCAUGAGGUCACUUCCUGUUUCAGUAAGGAGGAGACGGGAAGUUACUUUAACGGCAGUGGAUACGCCGCACUCGUGCGGGACGGAUACAAGGUGGGCUCUGAUGUGUCCGUGUCGAUGGACUUUCGAACUAGCCAAUCAGAGGGCGUUUUGCUUGGUAUUAGCAGUGCAAAGGUGGACGCCAUUGGACUAGAAAUGAUUAACGGACAGGUGGUUUUUAACGUCAACAACGGCGCGGGUCGAGUGACGGUUCGCUCCGUCAGCCUCACUCUGUGCGAUGGACGCUGGCACCACCUGCUGGCCAAAAAGACUAAACACACCCUGAGUCUGAGCAUUGACGGGCGGAGCAACGCCACCACUAACCCUUACCCACAAUCCACCUCUGCUGAGACCAACAACCCCGUGUAUUUGGGAGGCUAUCCAGACGGAACCAAACAGAACAGUUUGUACAGCAAGUCGUCCUUCAGAGGCUGUCUGAAGAACGUGGAGAUCAUCAAGUCUCACCUCGUCACUCCUCUGGAACUAAGCCGCGCCCACUUUUUAUUGGGCGUCACCCCCAGCUCUUGUCCUGCUGCCUAGCAACAGUGGAUUUUAUACCUUUUAAUUUUGCUCUCUAACAAACUGCUAACAAAAUAAACACAACA